UGAUGGACUUGUCUGUGGCAGCAUUAAUAAUGACCCAAUAAUGACAAAUACUACCUCUUUACCUUGUCAGGGCAAUUGUGAUAAAACUAAAAAAACUGUUUCCACUACUACUCCUGAAUUAUCCGAACUCCAAACUUAUUUCCAACAACAAGGCAUUAAUUCUUUGUCGGCCUCGGAAUUAGAUACUAAUACUGGUUCUCCUGACAAAAAUAAUUACUGA